AUGGCCAUCGAGUCAGCGGGAACUGUGGGGAGGAGUGAUGAGGGGAUAGAGAAGCACGGGGGUAAGGAGGACGGGGAGGGGCGGGGGAGGGACCAGUGUCCUGUAGACAGCGCUAGGACAAUUUUAUACCCAGUGGAUACAAGGCCACCAAUACACCUAAUGAUUCUAUUUGGAUUACAGCAAGCCUUCAUGACAAUAGGGGGCUCGUUGUCCCUCCCCUUCAUCCUGACCACUAUCUUCUGUCCUGAGAACGAGAGCGAGGCUCGAGCCCAGCUCCUCAGCAUCACGAUGUUUAUGUGUGGAAUCGCCACCAUUCUACAGUGUUGUAUUGGAGUCAGAUUACCAAUUAUUCAAGGCGGAUCCAGCACGUUUGUCGCCCCGAUAGUGGUGAUGAUGUCACUGGAGCAGUUUAAAUGUUCAGAAAACGAUGACACUCUGUCUGGAAGCAACACAACAAACAUAAACUGGGAAGUCCGGAUAAGAGAGGUGCAGGGUAACCUGAUCCUAGCCUCGCUGACGCAGGUCUUUGUUGGGGGUCUAGGUCUGAUUGGUUUGAUUUUGAGAUUUGUCGGACCUUUGACGAUCGCACCCACUAUCUCCCUCAUCGGACUCUCAUUGACCGGUGUAGUGGCCAGUUUCUGUGAGAAACAAUGGGGGAUAUCCCUACUAACGCUGGCAUUGCUGUUCCUGUUUUCAACAUGUAUAAACAAAGUCCAACUUCCGGUUCCAGCUUUUUCCAGAAAAGAGAAAUGUCACGCGACCAAACUUCCGAUCUUCCAGCUAUUUCCGGUGGUCCUGACUAUUGCCGUGGUGUGGUUAUUUUCCUUUAUUUUGACGGAGACAGACGUGUUUUCUAGGAACAGCACUGAGCCAGCAUUCAAGGCCAGAACAGAUUCCAAAGUCGGCAUUAUAAACGAGACUCCUUGGUUUACUUUCCCUCUUCCAUUUCCCUUUGGAAUGCCAACAUUCAGCAUUGCUGGGUACAUGGGAAUGCUGGCUGCCACAAUAUCAUCCAUUUUUGAAUCAGUGGGGGAUUAUUUUGCGGCUGCCCGGAUGUCAGAGGCAGCUCCUCCACCAGUGCACGCCAUCAACAGAGGCAUCUCAAUAGAGGGCGUGUCGAGCAUUGUUUCCGGUAUUAUGGGGGCGGGGCACGCCACUACGUCAUACAGCAGUAAUAUUGGAAUUAUUGGAAUAACAAAGAUAGCCAGCAGGGCGGUUUUUGUAACAGCUGGACUGAUCCUUUUAUUGUGUGGGAUUGUUGGAAAAGUGGGAGCCAUACUAGCCCUUAUACCGGACCCUAUUAUCGGGGGAACCCUCUUACUGGGGUUAGGUAUGGUGGCCUCCGUAGGGAUUUCUGUGUUACAGUUUUGUGAAAUGUUCUCAACAAGAAAUUUAGCGAUACUGGGCGUUUCCUUCCUGAUGGGUCUUAUGAUUCCACAGUGGUUAACCCAACACAGCAACAAAGUCAAAACAGGUUCCCAAGACCUAGAUCAGGUGAUUAAAGUCCUGUUCGGAACUGCUUCUUUUACAGGAGGGUUUAUUGGGUUUCUUUUAGAUAACAUGAUUCCAGGUACGGAGUGCGAGAGAGGGAUAAAGCGAUGGAUAGCGGUACCGGAUUCUUCAUCAGAGAGUGACCAGACAUUGUAUUCGUUUCCUUUUCUGACAAAAUACCUGGAUAAAGUGACUUGUUGUAGAUACUGUCCUCUAUCCCCGACCUUCACAUCCCCAAGGUCGCGAUGUGGCACGGAGAAAUACGACAUUAAUACAAAGAGGAAAGUAGCUGAAGUUCACCUGAAAGAAGUGAAGACACUCUAAGCAUAAAUUCAUACAGUGUAUGUUAAAAAAGAUAUUUUCCUUCCAAAUCAAAACCUUAGCUGAGGUGGUUUUUCAAAAUGAUUAAAUCAUUAUUCAUUU